GCCGGGGGGGAACCGGGCCGGGAGGGGGCGCUCAGCGGCGGCCGAGAGGGAACAUGGCCCGGUGGGGGCCGGCCCGGGAGCCCGAGUGGGCGUCAGAGUCGUGGCAGCCCCCCCCGGCGCCGCAGCCCCCCGAGGUGGAGAAGGCGUCGGUGUCGUCGGUGCAGGAGAUCUCACUGUGGACGGUGGUGGCGGCCGUGCAGGCGGUGGAGAGGAAAGUGGAGUCUCAGGCUUUGAAGCUGUUGAGUUUGGAAGGACGCGCGGAAUCGGCCGAGAAGAAGGUGAUGGGGUUGGAGAAAGCGGUUCGGGAUUUCGGGAACCGUUUGGAAAGGAAAUGGUCGGCGUUGGCAGCUUUGGUACAGGAGAACACGCGGAGGUUGGAACACGUCGAGAGGCAACUCCAGCAACGGAGCUGCUGUUGGGCACCGCGGCCGAGCCCCGCGCCCGGGGCGGAUGAGCCCAAGGUGCCAGCGGCGUGUGAGGAUGACGCAGCCAGUUUGCCGGAGCCGGAGUUGGGGAGCUCGGAGAGCCGGCAGAAGGAGCUCUACAGGAUGACGCUGAAGGGGAACUACGAGCCUGUGGUCUCUCUUGGUCACGGGGAUUCCAGCUCCAAACCUGCUCUGUUGCCACCACCUGAGGACGGGGAGGAUUCGGGUGUGAGGACCCACGACCUGCCGGAGACGGGAGCGGUGUUGGAGCACCUCGGUGAGAAGAUCGUGAUCAAGACAGAAGAUCAACAGCCUCAAGAGGAAGGAUCGGAAAUCCUGGCUGUGCCGCCGGCAUCCUCGGUGAGAUUGGAAGAGGAGGUUCCCAUGAGCCAGGAGCAGCCGGUGCCCUGGGAAAGCCACGCUGUCUUGGAGGAGGAGAAGGUAGCAGGAGAAGGCUUGGUGGAAUUCUGCAAACACGUAGCUUCCCAACCGGAAUUCAAGCCCGUGGUGGUUCCCGUCGAAGCUCACCCAGCGCCGGGUUUGCCUUUCCCGGCCGAACACGUCCUCGGCGUUGGAACCGACCAAGCCUUCGCCGUGCCUCAAGGAAUCCCCUUAGCAGAAGACACCACCGCCGAGAUGGUGACCUCGCAGCCCAACUCGGAGGAGUAUCGUCCCUGCGCCGUUGGGGAAGAGCCGUGCGCUCUGCCGUUGGGUUGGAAGAGCGUCCGGCUGAAACGCAACCUCCUGGCGCGGCAGCAGAACCAGGCGAGGAAAAACAGCGGCUCCUUCAUCUGCACGGCUUGCGGCAAGAGCCUGGCCCACCACGCCGCGCUGCUGCGGCACCAACGCCUUCACACCGGCGAACGCCCCUUCCAAUGUCCGGCUUGCGGCAAGAGCUUCAACGAGAAAUCCAACCUCAAUAAGCACUACCGCAUCCACACCGGCGAGCGGCCCUACCGCUGCUCCGCCUGCGGCAAAGGCUUCAUCCAGAAGCAUCACCUCCAAAAGCACCAACGCAUCCACGGCGUGCAGCUCCGGGGUGGCUGGACGGGCCGACCGGCGCGAGCCAGCGCUGCCGGCGAGCGGCUCUACCGCUGCAUCGAGUGUGCCGAAAGCUUCCCGCAGAAAACCUCGCUGGAGGAGCACCAACGCCGGCACACCCAGCAGCGCCCUUUCCAGUGCAACGGUUGCAGCAAGAGUUUCCGACACCGACAGUCUCUAAACCAUCACCAAAAGGUCCACGCCGUUGCCAACUCCACCGCCACUUUGCCGAACUAUGACCGGGAGCCGGAGAGCAGCUCCUGCAAGCCUUUGACCCAGGAUAAUCCCUAAGGGCAGAGGCCCGAGGAAGGAAAGGGCGGCGUUUCUCCGGGCUGCUCGGCAGAGGUGACGCCGGGACACACCAGGCAGCUGGUGUUGCGCUGCCGUGGGCGCUGUCGGCAACGCCGUGGGGCUCAUGGCACCACCAUGGGGCUGUCGGCAACGCCGUGGAGCUCAUGGAACUACCAUGGGGCUGUCGGCAAUGCCAUGGAGCUCUUGGCACCACCACGGGGCUGUCGGCAACGCCGUGGAGCUCAUGGAACUGCCAUGGGGCUGUCGGCAACGCCG